UAUUGAAGAGCGAGAUGCCGGCAAUACUGCUUGCGCUGCUCAUGGCCGCACUGCUCUCGCCGGCGGCAGCCGCAGUGAGAUGCCCGGAGGAGUGCGGCGGCGUGAAGAUCCCGUACCCCUUCGGCAUCGGCCGUGGCUGCUACCUCGAGACGGCGACCGGUGACGGCGGCGGCCACGACGAGCCAUUCAACGUCACCUGCAGCAACCGCGACGCCGACGGCAAGCUGCACCCAAAGCCCAUCCCCAUGGUGGACGGCGGCCUGCAGGUGCUCGACAUCGACGUGGCCGGCGGGAGGAUGCGAGCCUACACCAGGGUGAGCUCGUGGUGCCGCAACGCCGCCAACACGUCGCCGUCCGCGGUCGACGACGACAGCUGGGUGUACGAGUCGGCGACGUUCCGCGUCUCCGGCACCGAGAACGUGCUCACCGUCGUCGGCUGCGGCGUGCUGGCCUACAUCGGCACGCAGGACCGCGGCGUCGACAACCGCUACGUGGUGGGCUGCAACGCCUCGUGCCCGCGCGGUAUUGUGCGGCCGUCGUCGACGGCCGCCGCCGCCGCCAGCGGCGUCUCCUCCUGCGACGGCACGGACGGCUGUUGCCAGACGACGAUCCAGCGGGGGAUAAGGUCAUUCGUCCCUAGCUUCGUCGCCGACGAUGAGGACAGACCAGACGGCUCCGGCGCCGGCGGCAGCCCGUGCAGAUACGCGUUUCUGGUGGAGAAGGAGAAGUUCAAGUUCCGGACGUCCUACGUCACUAACAGGGAGCUCGCCGGCGCCGCCGGCAAGCGGUUGCCGCUGGUGCUCGACUGGGCCGUGGGCAACAAGAGUUGCGUGGUGUCACAGAAAGACAAGGCGACCUAUGCCUGCCUCAGCGACAACCACGAGUGUGUCAACUCCACCAACGGCGCAGGGUAUCUAUGCAAGUGCAAAACUGGGUACCGAGGAAACCCUUACCGCAACAAUGGCUGCGAAUAUAUUGAUAUGUGCAAGGAGAAGAAACCAUGCCAUGCCUCUGCUAAAUGUGACAGCAUCGAAGGAGGCUACAGAUGCUCAUGCCAUCGUGGUAGACGAUUAAAAGCUGAUGGUAGUGGUGGAUGCGAGAUAGAUUACCUCCUACCUGUGAUCGGUAGCAGCAUUGGUGUGGUUGUGCUAGCUGUGGUGUUGUCUUGCACCUACGCGGUCCAAGAGAAGAAGCGGCUCGCCGCCAUCAAGAAGAGAUACUUCCGGCAGCAUGGCGGUCUCCUCCUCUUCGAGGAGAUGAAGCAGUCGUCGCCGUCGUCACGGCUGCAGGGGCAGCAGACGCCUUCGCCUUCCUUCACGCUCUUCACCGAGAAGGAGCUGGAGCAGGCGACCGACAGAUUCGACGAGCGGCACGUCCUGGGCAAGGGCGGCAACGGAACCGUGUACCGCGGCGACCUGAGGGACGGCAGGGCCGUGGCGAUCAAGCGGUGCCGGGUCGCCGGCGACGAGCGGCAGCGCCGGGAGCUCGGCAAGGAGGUGCUCAUCCUGUCCCAGGUGAGCCACCGCAACAUCGUCAAGCUCUACGGCUGCUGCCUCGAGGUGGCGGUGCCCAUGCUGGUGUACGAGUUCAUCCCCAACGGCACCCUCUGCGAGCUCCUCCACGGGCAGGGCGGCGAGGACCGUGCAACCCGCGCCUCGCCGCCGUCGUUCGCGAUCCGGCUCAAGAUCGCGCACGAGGCCGCGGAGGCGCUGGCGUACCUGCACUCGACGGCGUCGCCGCCGAAGAUCAUCCACGGCGACGUCAAGUCCGCCAACAUCCUGCUGGACGACAACUACGACGCCAAGGUGUCGGACUUCGGCGCGUCGGCGCUCGCGCCGCCGCCGCCGUCGUCGUCCGACGACGAGGCGCAGGCGCACCACCACCUGGUGACGCUGGUCCAGGGCACGUGCGGGUACCUGGACCCGGAGUACUUGCAGACGUGCCGGCUGACGGACCGGAGCGACGUGUACAGCUUCGGCGUCGUGCUCCUGGAGCUGCUCACGCGCAGGAAGGCGCUGGCGCUGGCGGCGCCCGUGGAGGAGGAGCGCAGCCUCGUGGCGCACUUCCUGUCCUCGCUGAGGAACGGCAGGCUCGACGCGCUCCUCGACGCCGGGAUCAGGGACGAGGUCGGCGGCGAGGUGCUCGGGAUGGUCGCGGCGCUCGCGAAACGGUGCCUCGAGAUGUCCGGCGAGAUAAGGCCCCCCAUGCGCGAGGUCGCCGAGGAGCUUGAUAGGGUGAGGAAGCUGUGGCGGCAGAGAUGUUUCGGCGAAGUUGCUGUUCUUGUUAAUUAGUGAUGAUAGGUGAAGCUGUUUAAUAGAAACGUGGAGGUGGAGUAUGUACGUGUAUAGGACGUACUAUACUACUAUAGGAGUAGUUUAGUAGGUCACCAAACUUUAAUUUGCACUAGUACUCAAAG